AUGCACUCGCGUCGGCCCGAGACUUUGAAGAUUGACAUCUCAAAGUAUAGGGGGGUCGAAGAAGACUCCCUCUUGAGAUGGUUCGUCGAAUUGGAUGACGCCAUAAGGGCGCGUCGCAUCGACGACGGGGAUAUGCAAGUUGCAUUUGCCCAGUCAAAUCUGGCAGGACGUGCCAAGACUUGGGCACUGGGGCUCAAGCUGCACGACCCAUAUGCGUUUGGGUCGUUGGAAGUCUUCAAGUCGCGGCUCAGACAAACGUUUGAACCGCCUAGAGCUGAGUUCAGGGCUCGAACCGAACUCUUGAAGCUCAAGCAGGGUAAGCGUGAUGUGCACGCUUACGCUCAACACAUACGACAUCUUACGAGUUGUAUAAGUUCCAAUCCAGUGGAUGAACACACGUUGGUUUCGGUGUUCAUGCAGGGUCUUGCGGAUGGUCCCGUCAAGACUCACCUGUUCCGGCUUGAACUAGAUUCACUAGAACAAGCCAUUUCCAUUGCGGAGCAGGAAGACUUCAGUCUGAGACAGGCUCGCGCCAGCUCGACAUCAUAUCGUCAACCGAGACGAUAUGACAACGGAGGUCCAGAGCCGAUGGAACUCUGUUAUGUAGAGAGCGAGAAGGCUCGCUCUACAGGCUACAAGAAGUUGCAGAGAUGCAACAGAUGUCAAAAGACAGGACACUACGCUUACGAGUGUAGUGCCCCUCGUCCAGUGUCUCGCGACACUGGGCGUAGUGACCGUCCACCCAUGAGAAAGGGGCAGGGACGAGGGUCCGCAGUUGGUGCAAAGACGCAACAACGGGAUGGACCGUCAAAAAACGGACAGGAUCAGUAG